AUGGAAGAGUGUUCUUCAAGCACGAAAAGAGCACGGCCUAAGGAUGAGUUUAUUCGCUUGGUGUUUUCGUGGUCUCUUGAAGACAUUUUUAAUGAGGAUCUGUACAGAAACCAGGUGGGGAAAAUUCCAGAGUUGCAUCAAUCUGUGGAUCGAUAUCUUGGUUCAUAUGUCUUCCCCUUACUGGAAGAAACUCGUGCGGAACUUGCAUCUGCCAUGGACGGUGUUUAUAAUGCUCCUUUUGCUGAGGUGAUAGCUCUUGAUGCGGCAAUACCUCACGACACACACACUUUGCUGUAUAAUGUAAAAGUUGACAGAUGGGAAAACAGAUUAGGCCAUGGUGAUAGGGAGCCAUAUAGAACCUUGCCUGGAGAUGUUGUUUUGCUUUUAAAUAGGAAACCUGAAUCGGUUGCUGACUUGCAACAAGUUGGAUGGACAUGGACUUUUGCAUCAGUGACUAAUAUUGCGGAGGUUGAGACUGAUGAUAAUUCUACGUCCACUGAUUUCAAAGUAAAAGCUGAGCAUGGCAUUGAAGUUGAAGAUGGACAAUCACUUUAUGUGGUUUUUUUGGCAAACAUAACGACAAAUCGAAGAAUUUGGAAUGCAUUGUGCAUGCGUAAAAACCUAGAUAUCAUUGAAACAGUAUUGUCCAAGAAUGAUCGGGACGGAGAAGUUUGUGAACUUUGUUCUCUCCAAGGUGAUACACAGUCAGAUAUAAAAAUCGGACCAAAUGCAUUGUUGAAGCUAAAUAAAUCACAAAAUGAGGCAAUAGUGGCUUCUAUUCUGAGAAUGCAAUGUGAGCACAAGUCUUCAGUCAAACUCAUAUGGGGUCCUCCUGGGACUGGGAAGACAAGGACUUUGAGUUUUAUGCUAUUUAAUCUCUUGAAAAUGAAUGUAAGAACUCUUGUUUGUGCUCCAACAAAUGUAGCAAUCACAGAUCUGGCUUCUCGAGUGAUCAAACUAAUGAGGGAAUCUUUUGAAGUUGAACCUGAGAAGCACUUUAGAACUUGUCAUUUGGGUGGCGUCCUUAUCUUUGGGAACAAGGAUCGUCUGAAAUGUGGCUCAGACAUUGAGGAAAUUUUUCUUGAUUAUCGUGUUGAUAGGCUUGUAGAGUGCUUUGCAUCUCUAACUGGUUGGAACCAUCGUAUAUCUUCCACGAUUUAUUUUCUGGAGGAUUGUGUUUCUCAACACCAGAUCUAUGUGGAAAAUGAGUCGAUAAAAGCUAAACAAAGUCAAGAGGAUGAAGUUCAAAAAUCAAAGGCUAGAAAAGAGAAUGAAGUUAAAAAAUCAAAGGCAAGAAAAGAGAAUGAAGUUAAAAAAUCAAAGGCAAGAAGAGAGAAUGAAGUUAAAAAAUCAGAACCAGUAUCUUUGCUUGAGUUUACUAGAGACAGGUUCAGUCAUACAGCAGUGCCUCUCAGAAUGUGUUUGUCAAAAUUAUUUACUCAUUUAUCUAGAAGUUGCUUGGGUGAUCAAAUUUUUCAAUACAUGGUACAACUCGUUUCUUUGCUCGACUCUUUGGAAAUAUUGUUGUUUCAAGACAAAUUGACAUCUGAAGAAUUGGAGAAUAUCUUUUCACUUCAGGGAACAGUUGAUUCUUCCCAAUCAUCUGUUGAUGCUUCGCCCUUACUCUAUACGAAGACCCAGUGCCUCUCUAUUCUAAAAUCUCUGAAGUGUUCUUUAGAAAAACUUGAUUUCCCAAGUGUGAUGAAUAAAGCCUCUAUAAUGGAAUUCUGUUUCAAAGACGCUUCCUUGAUAUUUUGCACAGCUUCUUCUUCAUAUAAGCUACACUCGGUGGAUAUUGAACCAGUCAAAUUGUUGGUAAUCGAUGAAGCUGCUCAAUUAAAGGAGUGUGAAUCAAUUAUACCUCUUCAGCUCCCAGGCUUGAGGCAUGCUGUUCUAGUUGGAGAUGAAUGGCAAUUACCAGCGACUGUUAUCAGCAAGUUGUCUGAAGAGGUUGCCUUUGGAAGAAGCUUAUUUGGAAGACUGAGUUCAUUGGGUCAUUCUAAGCAUCUGCUUGAUAUGCAAUACAGAAUGCAUCCAGAAAUUAGCCACUUCCCAAAUUCAAAUUUCUAUCUGAAGAAGAUCAUAAAUGCACCCAAUGUGAAAGAUAAAAGCUAUGAACGAAGGUAUCUACCCGGGAGAAUGUAUGGAAAAGAAGAAAUGGAUGAUUUUAGUCAUAGCCGAAGAAAUAUGGUUGAGGUAGCUGUAACUGUAAAGAUAGUGAAAAAACUCUACAAAGAAUGGAUUGGUUCACAAGAAAAACUUAGCAUUGGUGUAAUAUCGCCCUAUGCUGCUCAAGUUUUGGCAAUUCAAGAAAAGCUAAGGGCUGAAAACCAUGAGGGGUUUUCAGUUACAGUGAAGUCCAUUGAUGGAUUUCAAGGUGGAGAAAAAGACAUAAUAAUUAUAUCUACUGUAAGAUCUAAUAAUGGUGGCUCCAUUGGUUUCUUGGAAAGUCCUCAGAGAACUAAUGUUUCUUUGACAAGAGCUCGACAUUGUCUCUGGAUCCUAGGGAAUGAAAGAACACUGCAAAAUAGUGAGUCAAUAUGGCAAGCAUUAGUACAUGAUGCCAAGAAUCGUCAAUGCUUUUUUAAUGCUGAUGAAGAUAGCGACUUGGCCAAAACAAUUAUAGAUGUUAAGAAAGAUCUAGAUCAACUUGACGAUCUACUCAAUGGAGAGAGUAUACUGUUCAAAAGUGCAAGAUGGAAAGUUUUAUUCAGUGACAACUUCAAAAAUUCAUUUGAAAAAUUGAUAUCCUCCCGUGUGAAAAAGUCAGUAAUGAAUCUUUUACUGAAGAUUGCUAGUGGAUGGCGACCGAAGAGAAGAAGUGUGGACUUAAUGUGUGAGAGUUCCUUGCAAAUUGUGAAACAAUUUAAGGUUGAAGGUUACUAUAUUGUUUGCACAAUUGAUGUAAUGAAAGAAAUGAACUACAUGCAAGUUUUGAAGGUCUGGGAUAUAUUACCUUUAGAAGCGGUCCAGAAAUUGUUGAGGCGUCUUGAUAGCAUAUUUGCUAUGUAUACAGAUGACUUUAUCCACCGCUGUAAGGAGAAAUGUAUAGAGGGGAAUUUGGAAGUUCCCAAGAUCUGGCCAAUGUCCCACGAUAUAGUCCGAUAUAAGAGUAUCAUCAACAACAACAUAUUAGAUGAUGAUUCAAGUGGUUGCAUGGUAGAAUGCAAAAGUUAUGAUGAAAAUUCCAAAGUGAAUGAGAGUUUGUUGUUGAUGAAAUUUUACUCUUUAUCAACUGGUGUUGUGCACCAUUUGCUAUCUGACCAAGACUGCAGAGAACUUGAUCUCCCAUUUGAGCUUUACCGGAAAAUAGAGCAGCACUGCCUUGCUUUAAACGGUUUUAGUUCCUCUGAGAGUUGUUUGUCCUUGAGCAAUAGAGCUGAUGAAGGACCAUGUAUGGGUGAAUAUAAGGACAUUGUCUUGCAUCAGCUUUUCGUCACUGUCAGUCCAAAACUCUGUUAUGCCAUCAAACAGCACGUGUCGCAGCUGAAAAGCUUUGCUGGUGGUGGACAAUUCUAUAGUGAUGACAGUUCUAUUGAUGUGGAUGAUAUUGAUCAAAUGGCACAAUUUCAGGACAUUCCUGAUUCAUUUGUUGGAAUUAAACCAGAAAAGUAUCCUCUUGUUAUUACACUUCAAAAGUUCUUAUUGAUGCUCGAUGGUUCUCUGGGUAAUUCAUUCUUUGAGAGGUUUCCAGAUCUAAAGGAUUUUUCUCAAGAUAAAAGAAGUUUGAAAUCUGCGGUAUUGCAAUCUUUCAUGAGGAAAAAGGAGGUUAACUUUGACCAUUUCAAAUCCUUUUAUUGGCCACAUUUCAAUUCAAAGUUGACAAAGAAUCUCGAACCUUCAAGAGUUUAUACUGAGAUAAUGUCUCGUAUAAAAGGAGGCUUGCAAGUGGGGGAGGAAUGUGAUAUUAAGCUAAACAGGGAAGACUAUGUUUCAUUGUCUGAUAAGAGGGUGUCUACUUUUUGUGCUCAGGAAAGGGAGGCCAUCUAUGAUAUUUUUAAGGACUAUGAGAAAAUGAAGAUGCAGCUUGGUGAAUUUGAUCUUGCUGAUUUGGUGAUCGACCUUCAUCAUCGGCUAAAUAAUGCGAAUUUACAGGGUGGAAAAAUGGACUUUGUAUAUGUUGAUGAAGUGCAAGACCUUACCAUGAGACAAAUUGCUUUAUUUAAAUAUGUUUGCAAAAAUGUUGAUGAAGGCUUUGUAUUUUCAGGCGAUACAGCACAGACUAUUGCAAGAGGAGUUGACUUUAGGUUUGAAGAUGUACGUUGUUUAUUCUACAAGGAGUUUCUAAUGAAAACAAAACAAAUUGAAUGUGGAGGUAGAAAGGAGAAAGGACAUUUAUCAGAUAUGUUUAACUUGUGCCAAAAUUUCCGUACUCAUUCUGGUGUGCUCAGAUUAGCGCAGAGCGUAAUUGAUCUUCUUUGCUAUUUUUUCCCUUAUUCUAUUGAUGUAUUACCACCUGAGACUAGCUUUGUAUAUGGUGAGCCUCCAGUUGUGAUUGAGCCAGGUACUGAUGAGAAUGCAAUUAUCACUAUUUUUGGAUGUAGUGGAAAUGUUGGAAAAAUGGUAGGUUUUGGCGCUGAGCAGGUCAUAUUAGUGCGUGAUGACUCUGCGAGAAAGGAAAUAUCUAACUGGAUUGGACGCCAAGCUCUUAUUUUGACCAUAGUGGAGUGCAAGGGCCUUGAAUUUCAGGAUGUGUUACUAUUCAACUUCUUUGGCUCUUCACCCCUGAGGGGUCAAUGGAGAGUAAUCUACGAGUUCCUGAAAGAAAAAGACUUGUUUGAUUCCAGUUUUCCCAAGUCCUUUUCAAGAUUUAACCAAUUAAGACACAAUAUCUUGUGUUCUGAACUAAAACAGUUAUAUGUGGCCAUUACUCGAACAAGGCAAAGAUUAUGGAUUUGUGAAAAUGCUGAAGAGCUUUCCAAGCCAAUGCUUGAUUACUGGAAGAGACUUGGCCUUGUGAAUGUGAGGAAAGUUGAUGAUUCACUAGCACAGGCAAUGCAAAGAGCAAGCAGCCCAGAGGAAUGGAAAUCACAGGGAAUUAAGCUCUUUUGCGAAAAAAAUUAUGAGAUGGCCAUCAUGUGCUUCGAAAGAGCUGGAGAACCAACAUGGGAAAAACGAGCUAAAGCUGCUGGCCUUAGGGCAUCUGCUGAUCAUAUGCGUGGUUCAAAUCCCAAUGAGGCCCGUAUAAUGCUUAGAGAGGCUGCCGAAUUAUUUUAUUCUGUUGGCAAAACAGAUUCAGCAGCUGAAUGUUUUUUUGACUUGGAGGAAUAUGAAAGAGCAGGAAGGAUUUAUUUGGAAAAGAGUGGCGAAUCAGAGCUAAAAAAAGCUGGUGAAUGUUUUACUCUAGCUGGACGCUAUGAGCUCGCAGCAGAAGUUUAUGCAAAGGGAAACUUCUUUGUAGAAUGCUUGUCAGCUUGCAAUAAAGGGAAAUGUUUCGAGAUUGGCUUGCAAUAUGUUGAGCAUUGGAAACUACAAGCAUCACUAACUGUUGGUAUGAUGAAUAGGUUUAAAGAUUUGGACAAAAUUGUGCAGGAGUUUUUGGAGAGUUGUGCUCUGGAUUGUCACAAGUUUAAUGAUAGAGCUUUGUUGAUGAAAUUCGUUCAAGCUUUCCACACAAUGGAAUCCAGACGAAACUUCUUGAAGUCUCUUGACUGCCUUGAAGAGCUUUUGGUUUUGGAGGAAGAUACGGGAAACUUGAUGGAAGCUGCAGAAAUUGCAAAAGUGAUUGGAAAUCUUCUACUUGAGGUUGAUCUUCUCGGGAAAGCAGGGCAUUUUAGAAAUGCCUCUUUACUUGCCCUGGCCUACGGGCUUUCUUGCUCUUUAUGGGAUUCUGGAGGUAAAGGUUGGCCCCUCAAGUCAUUUCCUCAAAAGCAGGAACUUAUAAGUAAAGCAAUUUCAUUUGCAGAGAAGGAAUCUAGAAGUUUCUAUGAAUUCGUUUGUGCAGAAGUUAAAAUUUUGUCACAUGAGCAGAGUAAUUUGUUUGAGUUGAUGCAGUGUUUCAGCGGUUCACAGAAGCACGGAAGUAUCACGGCUGAAGUUCUGUCUGUUAGAAAACUUCUAGAUGCUCAUUUUCAAUUACAUCCGGCAAAGUAUGAAUUGGAACAUGAAUUUCCUAAUGACUUGAAAAAAUAUUCAGAAGAAAGAAUUUUGCAGAACCAAUUGUCUCCCAGAACUCUAUUUUACCUUUGGAAUUUAUUCAAGGAGAACAUUUUGGGAAUCCUAGAAUGUCUUGAUUGUCUCGAGAGAAAAGACAUCAGCAAAUGCGACCGAACUGUUGACUUCUGUUUGCACUAUUUUGGCAUCCGGAGGCUGUCAAAUAAUCUGAAUGUAACCUAUCGCCUGCUGAACCCUGCAGCAGAAUGGGUAAAAAAUAUUGAUGGGAGGUUCUUACGGCGGCAAAGAGAGGUGGUGACACUUGAAGCUCAACAUUUUGUUUCCACCUUUAGGACAUACUGGCUUGGAGAAUUACAAUCUGUUGGAUUAGGAGUUCUUCAAGUUCUUGAAGCCCUUUAUAAAUCUUUUGCGGUGAAAUCCUUGUCUAAGUAUUGUCAAGGCAUCUGCCUGACCUUCAUCUUUGAUAUAGUGAAAUUCUUCACCAAGUCCAAAUUGCACGACUUUAAGAACAUUUCUAGCAAGAAGUUGCUGAAUUUUAUAAAUAUAUCAAUCAAUUACUUUGACAUUGUUUUCCCUCUAGACUCUCGGGCAUCCUUGUCAGAAUAUAUGAUUUCUCUGAGAGGAACUGAACAGUCGCAGAAUUUACUCGAAGAAGUUAUCGUUCGACAUAUUAGCACAAAAGAUGGACUGACCUAUGGACAAAUUGGGAGGGCUGUGAUGAUUUUGCUUGGGUCAGACAGGCACAACAUUGACCUUUAUGAGAUGAUUGUUAAAAGGAUCCCCAAAAACUCGUCUUGGAAAGAAUUCGUUGAGAUUCUCAGGGGGAACCCGGAGUCAGAGUCAGAUUCGCUGAUUCAAAAGUUCUACCAAGCUUUGAAAGAAACUUAUACAACCGACUGGUGGAGGGUAAGGGACUAUAUAUCACCUAAUUGUUACUUGUAUCUUAUGGAGCGCCUUGUUAUUUUGGCAUCUCACUACUGCAGUUCCUUCUUCACUACAAAAUCAUCAUUUGUGGAAUGGUUAGUAUAUCAUCAAUCUCGUGGCAUCCCAAGUUCUAGUUUAGUCACUGACAAGCAACCCUAUUCAAGAAAUGUCUUUGAUUUUGUUUUUAGUGUGGUCCAGCAGUUACUUUGUAAUGAUCGUGAUACAACACAAUGGAUUAGAGAGUCUAGAAUUAAUUACACGUACUAUCCGGUGCUAGUGUUGAGGUUGUUUGUUAUACUGUGCUUGCUGUGUCUUAACUCCAGAAUGUAUUCCAAUGUACUUUUUGAGCUUCUGAGUCUAUCUCACAUCAGAACCCAGCUUCCAAGAGAAUUCUGUGAAGCUCUUCGAAAGGAAAGGAAGAAAGAUGAUGUGAAUUUAUGUACAGUUGCUAAAGCAUUCAAAUCAAUUGGGGAUCCUGUUGUCAUUGUCACCUGGGGAGAAAAUGAUCGGAAAGUUUUCUGUCCUGAUGCCAUUAUUCUUGACAUGAGUGUUUCCCGGAGCAAAAAAGACAUCGUUGAAGUUUUGUUUCCGAGCUGCGGAAAAACUUCUCAUGGACAAAUCACUUCAGUUGAAGAAAAUAUGAUUAAAUCAAGCAGUGAACUUCCUGCUAGCAGUGGCAAUCAUGGCAAGACUUCUAUGUCGCCAAUUUUGAAUACGGAAUCGAAAACAGAUCGGAACUUGAGUACAGGGAAUGGAAAGGAUGGGCUGCAGAUGAAUUGGGGAGUUCUUCGGGAAAUAUCUGAUAUAUUGAAGUCUGUGGAAAAUAGAAAAGAUGGAAAUCUGAAGAUCCUUGCAAUGGAAAAGAAGGUACAAGUGGAGGAGAUUAUUAACAUCUUAACCACUGAAAUGAUCCAUAUCUCUGAUGAGAAAUCUCCUGCUGGUGAAGAUAAUAACACGCUGGGUGAAGCCAUCAACGCAAUUGAGGAACUGAAGCAGAUUUCUUCUUUGAUUACAAGUGACUUAGAAGAGAGAGAGACUUUGAAGAUUGAAGAACUUUUGAAAAGCUUGGAGUCAAGAAGGCCUAGACUCAAUAUAUAUCUUAGUCGGUUCAUUGUGCAGAAUGAUAAAAAAGAAAAAAAUCAAAGUGUUGUAUCUUGUGAUGGGGAAAUUUCUAACAGUAAUAGUACCGAAGAUAGCAUGAAAAAUUUACCCAUCACUGUUGCUCCCGACACACAAAGUAAGCCGGACCAGGUCAGCGAAGGCAAGCAAGGAAAAGGAAAGGGCAAGAAUAAGAAGGGAAAGAAAUCGAAAGGUCGGAAAAAAUAA